AUGCGAAAACUCUCUGUAACGGUCCUGUUAUGGCUCUUUGCAUGUACCAUCUCUUCGGAAGAAUUUCGCGUAGUUGAAUUGGCGGUCAAUGUGGUAGAAGAUGCCACCAGUCCAGAGCUAACCGGAGGCGAAGGAGUGGUCUCUGCCACCUCGGAGAGUCCCCCUAGCAUAAUUGAAGGCAUUAUUAACGACCCACCGUUGGAUGUGACGCAAGAAAUUGUACUUCAAACCACUCCCGCUGUCGAAGAACCUUCUUUGCCCACUGCCGGCACAACAGAAGCAAACGCGGACGACAUCAUUCAAACAACAACAGCAGCUGACCAAGUCUCGGAAGGGGGCCCUAGUUCUCUGCUCUCCAUACCCUUGCUUCCUUUGACGACGCCAACAACUGGUAGUUCAACUCCGCUCUCUAAUUCUGUGGAGGAGGAAGUUGUACAGGAGGAAGCAUUAGUGGAUGCGAAGUCAGAUCACCUAACUACUGUCUCGGAGUUGACGGCGCCGGAGCAAAGUGAAACCGAGUCGAGUGCUGCAUUAACUGAAACUUCAGUAAUAACUUCUGAGGACGCCAUCACACCUGAGGCUGUGGAGGUAAGUACGGAUGAAAUCGAUGACAGCACGCCCCCUCCAGUGGGUACCAUAACAACCAGCGUUCACGACGCGAUGGUUGAAGUAACCCCUGAGAGCGGAGCCAGUUCUGCUGAAACAACAACGAGUUACGGGCCAAUUUCACUGUCGGAAGGCACUUCUGUGAUGCCGGAUCUUACAACUUUGAGCUCUACCCCCGAGCAGCUAAAUGUCGUUACUACUCCACUUGAAGAUAGUAUCCCCAGUACUGAUUUGUCCGACGGCCCUGCCCCGCAAGUAUCUUUCACAACAACGCCUGAGGCAUUAUUGCCCGAGACAGUGGCGUCAUUUCCCCCUACGGAAGCCCUAACAAAACAGCCUGAUGAAUCAACUCUUCUACCUUAUACACCAAGUGAAGGCGACCUAAGCCCCGCAACCCCGGCAACUCCUAUGGAUGCUUCUGAGUCCGCCAGUACCCAGGAGAGCAUGCAUUCCCAGUCCUCAACUGGCGCAAGUUCGCCAUCUUUUACAACAACAACGUCGGAAGAACCAAGUCCUUUACUGGAUUCUGCGAUGUCUCCGAUCUUGGAAGUGAAAUCUUCCACGGCUGAGACAAGCACUGAGGGACUAGUGGAGAUUUUGACAAGCACCACUGAAACUGAAGCAGGGUCGGUGGUUACAUCUACAUUUUCGCCUAAAACUGAGAGCAUUCUGACGGAUGACAUUCAGCAAACCCCAACUCAAGCGUCCUACCCUCCGACAUCCGUACAGCCUCCCGGGACUGGUUCAGAGAUAUCAACUUCACUGACGACUGAGAGUGUUGCUUCUGAGGAGUCAACUUUUAUGGAAAUCGGAAGCUCCAGCCAAUUCCCCGAACUGUCAAAAUCAACCACGCUGACUACGACAUUCAAGCCCAAUCAGAAAACAACCUACAAACAGGAAGAGCAUACAAGCCCUACGGCCAAAUCCACGGCAGCCGUUAGUACUGCUACUGUGACGUCUGAAGCUGUAACUACAGACUCCCCUUUGUACAGUUCAAUUGCGGAACUUACGACACAAACGGAACCUAUUUUACUCACGACUUUACCUUCUCCCACAACUAGCUCAGAAUCGUAUCUCCCGGCUUACUACUCCCGUUCCGAGCGUUUCGAGCGUUACAAGGCCACUGCCAGUAACAACACAAACUCCCACAGCGCCUGUAAACGUUACCUCACCGGCUACGGACAGUUCAUCAAGUCCAGAUUUUGUGUCUUCUACGAGGACCCCGGUCUCCUUGACAUCAUCUACGCCAUCUACAGUAGUUACCACAGUAGAAGAGCAAAAAUUCACUUCCAUUCCACCUACUCCAUCUACAAGCACGUACCGUACUUUGGGGCCAAUGGAGGUGUACACGGAUGGUGGAAUCUUUAA